AUGGGCCUUUCAGCUAAAGAUUGUCUGGAUAUUGUAGGCAGUUUGGCUAAUGAACCAUCUGAAAAAGUGGGCCCCUUGUUUUAUUAUUGUACACGGAUAGAAGAUUUGGAAUAUGAAGAUAUGUUUGGCAAGCCUAUGGUAUGGAUAGGGAUCUACAUUGCAUUAGCAUCCUUAUUUUGUACCCUUGCCAUGGGAGUUGAUUUAUUGCAUGGUUUCCGAAAUAGAAAAUUUUGGUUUCCAUGUAGAUAUUUCACGCUCAAUGCUGCUUCUAUCACGUUGAUAGCCAUAGCCAUGAAACUGCCUAUGGAUCUAAGUAGUUUGUACAAGAAAUCCUUGGAUCAAGCAACCAAGAUAGGAAGCAUGGCCUUCAUGUGCACGAUGAUGGCUAACUUAAUUCCUUCUUUGGCAUUUAUGGAUAAUAAUACACUGCUUGCAAAUGUCACAGGUUUCACUAUUCUUGUUAUCAGUGUCGUUGUAAAUAUAUGCAUUCAAAUUAGUACUGGUGCUAUAAAUGAUCCAGAAAUUCCUGGGGACAUAGCUUACCCUGCCAUUGUCAUGAAUUUCAUGAAUUAUAUAGCACAAAGCUAUGUGGCUAUGUCACUCUGGCUAUUGAUAACGUUGAUUUCUUCGGCUAUAACGAUUCCUGCUUGUAAGAAAAUUUUAGAAAUCAAAUACCAAGAUGCCACAAAAAGAACUUUAGAUGGUCAAGAUAGCUUAGCGUCUACUGUUGAGAAACUAAACCAAUAUUUGAGAAGAUAUUGGGUUAUGGCGGAAAUUGGUAGUCCUCAAACUCUGAUGGCCAUUAACCCGUUAUCAAUUACUUCUGGCAUAACUUGUCUGUAUAGCUUACUCCCGUACAUCCUUAUGAUGAUGUAUGCCAUUGUAUGGGGUAAGUCUCCUCCCGGCGAGGAAUCAGAUUAUAAGUGGUCUAUGUAUUUCAUUGCAAUAACACAGUCCAUUGGAGUAAUAGUGGGUAGUAUUGCUCCAAUAUUGAGAUGUUUUACGAUUGUGAACUUCAACUUAUUCACUAAACAGAAUAAGAAGCAAUUCAUGGUCUUCAAAGUUGAAAAUUACUGGAUUCAAGAGUUGGCUGAGUGGAAAGAAAGUCAUAUACGUUAUUUAUCAACUCGCUCUAGGUCAAGAACUCUCGUCCUUAAUCUGAAAAACAUGUUUCUAGACAUUUGCAUAGGGACUCAGAAGAUAAUUGUCGUAUUAAGCAAAACGAUCGGGCUCGUUCCUGUAGUGCUUCUGAUUUGUGUCAUGUAUUGUUCAUAUUGGUGGAAGUCACACAUGUCAAGGCUGUUAGGGUCACCUAACACCCCAAGAGCUGAUGAAAUAAAUGAAGACCUUCGGAAUUACAUUUUGAAACUUGAAGAUGAGAUCGAGCUUGGUGAAAGAAUGCUCAAACGCAUUUCUAGUUCUAUAGAUCACCUGAUCAAAAAGGCAGAGAAGAAACAACGAAAGAAUCUUUUGAUGCUUCUUGAGAAGUAUAAAGGAUUUAGAGGAGUGCAGAACUUUGACAACGAUCAAGUUCUACCUCUAACUUCCUUUAGACUUGUUAAUUGUUGGAGUUUGCCGGUAGUAACUUUGACAUGCAUUGCCAUUGCUCUCCCUGCUAUUUGCAAGGAAAAAGUUGAUAGCUUGUUCAAAAGUGUGCGCGAAGGUCUUUUGUACACUUAUCUUGUGGAAGAAAGCCUCAAUAAUACUUGUGAAUUUGGAAAUAUCCAAAAGGCAACUAUGAACUUGUGGCACGAGGUCGAACACAAGUCCAUGUGGUUAGAGAAUAGUUUGGAAACAAGUGCUUAUAGAGGGAAAACAUCAAUCGAGAUUCUUCAGUGGUUCGCGGACAAAGGAGAAGAAAUUGUCAAGCAAAUUGAUACUAACAAUGAAGAAGUAAUAAAGAACAAUCCUAAGAACUUAAUUCUUGCCAAUUCGAUGUACCGUAUUACACGAACAAUCUUGCUUAGCUACCAAAGCAACGUCCAACCUAUAAGUGAAGAGGAGUUGUUUGCACUAUUAUCCAGCAUGAUUGCAGACAUACUGUGUGCUUGUUUCACCAACAUACCACGAGUUAUAAUGAGGAAAUGCCAUGGAAGUGCCAUAGAGAAACGGGAUGCUAGUGUUAAGGCCGCUGCUAAGUUGUUUGGUAGCACGAAAGAGAUUGUAAAAAUACUUGACACUUGGGAAGUGCCAAGUAUGGAUCCUGAUAAAAUGGCAUUUAUUGACGAGUGGCAUAUUCAUAUGAAGCAAUCGAUUCCUUAA